GAGUAAGAAUGUUGGCUCCUCCCCUUCAGGCCGGCAACGAGCGAAGGUGCCAACGAGGCCUUCGGCAUGACGGGGGGUCACAACGACGCCCACCACGACUCGUACGGAAACAGCUCCCAGGACAGCACGCUGAUGAUGCGUGAGUACGGGAUGGGGAGCAGCGGAGGCUCCAAGUCGUCCUUCACGCCCUUCGUAGAUCCGAGGGUGUACGGGACCUCCCCCACCGAGGAGGACGACGACGACGAAGACAACAUCUCGGCCUCGGCGCUGUUCUCCGACGAGCUGCUGAAGCACGAGCACGAUCUGGAGCAGGCGAGGCUCAACGAGGCCCGGAAGAUCUCCGUGGUCAACGUGAACCCCACCAACAUCCGGCCGCACAGCGACACGCCGGAGAUCCGCAAGUACAAGAAACGCUUCAACUCCGAGAUCCUCUGCGCCGCCUUGUGGGGAGUGAAUCUGCUGGUGGGCACGGAGAACGGGCUGAUGCUGCUGGACCGAAGCGGUCAGGGGAAAGUUUACAACCUGAUCAACCGGCGGCGCUUCCAGCAGAUGGACGUCCUGGAGGGGCUCAACGUCCUGGUCACCAUCUCAGGGAAGAAGAACAAGCUACGUGUUUACUACCUGUCCUGGCUGAGGAACCGGAUAUUACACAACGACCCCGAGGUGGAGAAGAAACAGGGCUGGAUCACCGUGGGGGAGCUGGAGGGCUGCGUCCACUACAAAGUCGUGAAGUACGAGAGGAUUAAAUUCUUGGUGAUCGCUCUGAAGAACGCGGUGGAGAUCUACGCCUGGGCGCCUAAACCUUAUCACAAGUUCAUGGCCUUCAAGUCGUUCACCGACCUGCAGCAUCGCCCGCAGCUGGUCGACCUGACGGUGGAAGAGGGUCAGAGGUUAAAGGUCAUCUACGGAUCCAGUGUCGGCUUCCACGUCAUUGACGUGGACUCUGGAAACCCUUACGACAUCUACCUCCCCUCACAUAUUCAGGGUCAGGUGACCCCGCACGCCAUCGUGGUUCUGCCCAAGACGGACGGCAUGGAGAUGCUGCUGUGCUACGAGGACGAGGGCGUCUACGUCAACACCUACGGACGCAUCACCAAAGACGUGGUGCUGCAGUGGGGCGAGAUGCCCACCUCCGUCGCGUACAUCCACUCCAACCAGAUCAUGGGUUGGGGAGAGAAGGCCAUUGAGAUCCGCUCCGUGGAGACGGGACACCUCGACGGAGUUUUCAUGCACAAGCGAGCUCAGCGACUGAAGUUCCUGUCGGAGAGGAACGACAAGGUCUUCUUCGCCUCGGUGCGUUCUGGAGGCAGCAGUCAGGUCUUCUUCAUGACCCUCAACAGAAGCUCCAUGAUGAACUGGUAGUCUUCCUCCGUCGACCCACAGCCCUCCUCUUCGUCCCUCUGAGCAUCGCCCCGACACCGGUAGAGGAGGACAUUGUGUGUGUGUGUGUGUGUGUGUGUGUGUGUGUGUGUGUGUGCUGCUGCUGUAUGAACAGUUGAACCCCCCCCCCCCAAUGACAUCAUGCCAGGUAGUCUUUUUUUAUUUAGACCUGCCCAUUAGACUGUGUGGUGAGCCGUGGAGAAGUUCUCCGUGUAGCACAUUGUCGCGUCCUCAGCGGGUGUUCACACUGCGAGCAAACAUCGCUGGUCAUUAACGUAGCAUCAAUAGAAGACGAAAACACGGAUCUGAGUCUUGUCAAAGGAAGAGAAAGAUCUCUGUGGACGCAAAGGCCUUUCAGGAGGAGCCCUGCAGGAACCCUGAUUUUAGCGCCAUAGUGUAAAAACAUGACGUGUCCCUGAUGUCGCCUCACACACCAAUUCUCACUUGGAAUGAUCUUUUACCUUUUUAAUACAUUUAUAUAUAAUAUUUAUGUACUUACGUGUAUUGUUUCAUGUUCAUGCAUUUAAUUAUGGACAUGAGACCUUUUACAGAAACAAAACAGAAAAACAAACGUGGAAGCGCGUCAUCUUCAGGCAAAGCUUGGUUCCCCUGAUCAGAUGUUCCGCUCGUAAAUGCCGUUAUUGUCUUCGUCCUCUCGACCACUUCAACAGCUCUAUUCUCAAAACUUGUAGCAAAACCUUGCAGAGGCGUCUUCUCCUUCUCUUGUUCUUCGUCGCUCCGUUGUGUGUUUUUGUCAACGGGCUCGAUGCUCGCGGUGUGAACACACCGUCCCCCUUUAGCAGAGAAGAAGGAAAACGGGGGGUAUUUUAUACCGCUGGUUGAGGAUGCUGUGGCUACUCUGUCCUAGUAGAUGUUGUAUUAUUGCUGCAACAGCAACACAAUAAUAACAAAAAAACAAAUAUCCACCUUGUUUUUAGGGAGGAACUUGGUGGAUCAUCUGGAGGUUUUCUAGCCCUUCGGUCUGUCGCCCCCCCCCCACCUGGUUCUGUGUAGCCGCACUUGUUGUAGAUACUCACUUUGAUGUUGAGGACAGACUUUGCAAAAAUGUAUAUGAGGGAAACUGAAGAAAAAAAACGUCUGUUAUUUUAGUUCCGUCAUGCUUCUGUAGCUCUGAUCCUCAGAUGCUUUUUUCCCUUCUUUUAUUUUGUGGCGAGCAGAGACUUGCACAAAGGUCUGGUCAGCACUCCGACUCUUUCCUCUCUCCGUAGUUCAUCACUGUGCCAUCUUUGCAUGGUGACAAACACGUUUUUACCUGUCGUCACUUGUUAUGAAUUGUAGGUUUAAAGGCAAUACACGGACUGGUGACUGUAGACGCUGCACGAGUCCUGAGGCGUUUUUCUCUGAUGCUUUUGUUUUUCCUCACAACACUGAACUGUAAAGUGAAAGUUUUUUUGAAAAUUGUAAGAAUCUGCUUCGCAUGUGGGCUUUUUAUCUCACGAUUAAACCAAGAUUGUACACUGGAUAAUCACACGUUUACCUUUUAGAUUUAUAAAUUAAGCUUUUUUUUUGUCAAUGCUUAUAAAGACCACUUUCCUUUUUAUCUACCCGGUCUCCGUAAAGGCCGGUGUUUGUGGGAUUGUGAUCCGGCUGUAUGAGAGGACAGCGGAUCAACUCUUUACUUGAUUUAUUUUCUCGUUCGUUGAUCUUAAAGGGUGCAAGCGGUGCAAGCGAUGCCGCUUCGCGGCCAGCUGAAGCCUUUUACAUGUGCAGGAUGUUCGCAUUAAAUCAGCACCCUGUGAAUAAAGGUCAGGAGGCGGGGUCAGCGUGAGAGACCGAGAGAAAAUAAUAAAAAGAUAUAUAUACUGUAAGAAUUUUCAUUAUAUCUUACCGAUCAUUUUAGAGAAAGACAAAAAAAACUUGAAGCUUAGUUGUCUUUCUACACAAUAGAGAACAUAGCUAUAAGAAUUUCUAAAAAAAAAUACAAUGUUUUUAUUGUGGUAUUAUUUGUAUUUGUAUUUCAAUUUUUGUACGUAUCAAGACUGUGAACGUAUGUACGGCUGCCAGCCUGUGAGUGUGUGUGUGUGUGUGUGCGUGUGUGAGCAGGUGCGUGCACAGGUGUGUGACAUGCAUGCGACUGUAUGUUUUCACCUGGUCUGAAUCAGUCGAAAGACGACCUCAAUCUGGUGAUGCACAUCUGUGAUGUUGGAAACUACAAAUAAAUGUCCUCUCCUUGUACAGCAACA